AGCAUAGGGCUCUAGUUUAUUUUUUAUUUCAUGUGUCCUCGAUUUCAGUAAUUUUCCAGCUGAUGUCUAAACAUUUUCAGGUUAAGUGUUCCAUAGUUCGCGUCCCUUGUUGUGAGUAAGCUGACGAUAUCAUGGAAGAUACGAAAGAGAACAAAGACGAAACGAAAUCGGAGGAGAAUGGCGCGGAUUCCUUGAACAAUUCUCAAAUUACCCAUAGGGGAAACUUGACUCCGUAUUUGAAAGCCUGGGACCACAGCAUCAACAAGGUUUACUUGUCGAAGGUUCCGCAAAUUUGUAAAGACGAGCCAUGCCAGUUGGGUAUUGACGAGGCUGGUCGUGGACCAGUCCUCGGCCCCAUGGUUUACGGGAUCGCCUACGCUCCGCUUUCCGAGAAAAAGCUUCUGGUAGAUCUAGGAUGCGCUGAUUCGAAAAGUUUGACGGAAGAGAAGAGGGACGAUAUUUUCGAUGAAAUUUGUAAACAUGGGGAGACCAUGGGUUGGGCUGUGGAUGUGAUAUCACCCAACACCAUAUCCAACAGCAUGUACCGUAGAAGUAAAACUUCUCUUAAUGAGGUGUCCAUGGUCUCUGCUAUUGAAUUGGCUCAGAGGGUGAUAGAGGAAGGAGCCAGAAUCACAGAGAUCUAUGUGGACACAGUGGGCAAGCCAGAGAAAUACCAGGCCAGAUUGGAGCAGAUCUUCCCAGGCCUGAAAAUAGUGGUAGCAAAGAAGGCUGACUCCACCUACCCUAUUGUAAGUGCAGCCAGUAUCUGUGCCAAGGUUUCUCGUGACCAUGCCAUCAGGGCAUGGCAGUUCCUUGAGGGAGACAUCAAUUCAGAGUACGGGAGUGGUUACCCGAAUGACCCAGAGACCAAGAAGUGGCUUUCUCAGCAUGUGGACCCUGUGUUUGGGUUCCCACGUAUAGUCAGAUUCAGCUGGUCCACUGCAGAAAAGAUUUUAGAGUCUCAGGCCCUGUCUGUGGAGUGGGAGGAAGUGGAGGAUGCGCCAGCACCCGGGGAGCAGAAGAUCUCGAACUUCUUUGUCAAAUCUCCGGCAAGGUCCUGCCAGUCUCAGAGAAAGAGGCAUGCCUUUUUCUCUCAGAGGUGUCUGUUCAGCACCUCCACCUUCUGAUGGCACGUUUUGAUCGGUUGUUAUAAAUAAGGGAACACGCUGUCGGUUGUUCGUCGACGUGAAUUCGUCGGGUUUAUUAUCAGAACGUUAAGUUAAAGAUAAAAGUCGAUCCGAUUUAUGUACAUAUGUACAGACUGCACGUCCUUACGCUUAAACCGUACACAAAGUGUGGCAGUACGAGGCAGUACGACGUCAACUCUACACACCCUAUGUGUGCUGGCGGUUAAGUAACAAUUAGGAAUGUUAUAGCGCGGAUGUUCUUUGGUGAAACACACGCCUACACGAUCGCUCACAUUCGUACAUACACGCAUGCAUAAAACCUCACAUACGGCUCACGAUAACUCUAGGAUAUAACGUAUCAUUGCUGCCGAUUAAUAGCGACUAGAUUGAUAAAAGCUACGACGUGAGAAACCGUUUUAAUUCUCACCGGGCUGAGUAGUCUGCUUUCGUUCUCUGGCGACUGGACGAUAGAAACACUCGUGUACAAUUAUGUUUAUAAAUAAUUCGGGCACGCACGCCCUCGCAGUCACACUGGCGUUGCGGUGAUUACACUGUUCAACGCUUCUCGGACCUCUAACUUGCAAAGUUCUAGUCGGAAUUCUUCUCUGAACUCGACUAAACGGAUUGACACAGCUUAAUGUUGCCACAUUAGUCCUGGAUAAUUAUUGAAAUGAAAAGAAUGCCAAAAAUGCGUUGAUCUCCGCAUAUUUUCCCAUUUUUCUCGUGAAGAAAGACGGUGGGGGAAGAAUCUGACUACACUAUGCGAAGGAGCAGAUAAUUUCUUUAUGGAAUUAUAUCAAAUUUCUUUUGUUCAAGAGAUAACAAUGAAACUGUUCGGAGGAAACGUGUGACGUUUGACGUAUAUAACUCCUGUUGACGUAUUUUACAAGGAAAUUGUUUGCUCUGUUAUGCGGUGUAGUUAAAUUUCUCUCUGCAUCUAUGAUUCCAGAGAUAAACCGAAAAAUAUCACAAGAUCAUGCGUGAUCAUUUAAUUGAACCUAUCUUCUUGGAACGGAAGCGAAGAAAGGUUUACGAAAUAGCUACUGCAAGUUAGAAAUCCGAAAGAAGUCAUAGUCUGUUGGACAGCAUUAAUUCCCCAUGAUGAAUUUCGUGUCCAUUUUGACCCAUGCGGAUUAUUCGCGUUAUUAAAAAAAUUGUACAAUGUUGUAUCAACGAAAGCUUUAGCAUAAUUUAAUAUUCCCGAUUUCUCAUUUUUAUAAAACAAUUGGCGAAAGCUUGGAUAUUAACAAUAAAGAUCUGUUAAUUAAUAAAUGAUGGAAAAUAUUCUCUCGUGAACGACAACAGCUAGCAAUUUCAGUCAGAAUGGACUCGAAGUUCGCUGACUGAGGCUGGACCGUUCACACUCGUUCGAGGUUUCAUUCCUCCCCCCCACCUCUUGUUGUGUCCCGAUUUCGCAAGUAGCAAAGAAGAGGGUGGGAGAAAUGCUAGGGUGAAAUAUGCACGCUCUCCCAUGCCCGGGGACACACAGACGACGAUAGAUUCUUAUAAAUUUCGGUUGUGAUUAAACUCUGUCCACUGCAUCGUGUCAACGACUGAAUAAAAACUCUUAAACAACCA